AUGGCCAAUACUGAGCAUCACCUAUUCUUGACCACAGAAGAUCCAUAUGCUACAUAUGCGCCAGGCGACAAAGUCUGUGGAACGGCCAACUUGGAAAUUGUCAAUCCUUUGCUUGCGAAAUAUGUCAUCGUAUCCCUGCUGGCAGGUCACAGAGUGACUGCUGCAGAGGCCAAGCCUAGCAAGCAGAAUUUCUUCCACAAGCAGUUCACAAUCCCUUUUCACAACAAGCGUGAGGAUCCUGCUCGAGUGUUAUCGUCGGGCAAACAUAAGUGGAAGUUCGAGUUCACUCUGCCAAAAUCCAAUCAGCUACCACCAUCAUUCUGCUAUCGUGAUGAACUUGGCUCAGUAGAGGUCUUGUAUUGCCUAGUAAUGGGCGUUUACAAGACAGACUCGACAUGCCCUUCUAAGGAGACCAUGUGUACCUUACCUAUCAAAUAUACACCGAAAAGAUCACCAUCAAUAUCCAUCGAGUCUUCCGCCUCAUAUGUGUGCCAACACCUGCUUGUGAAGCUGCCCGAUGGUGGCGUCUUCCCUGCACGUCGGAAACAUUCAGCAUUCCAGAUAGUCAAACAGAUUAUAAACAGGCAGAAACCUGCAGAAGAACUCUUGCAUGCCACGCUAUGGCUGCCCCGCUAUGCCGCAUUUAACGAUCAUAUGGAUGUUUCGCUCAAAAUACAAACCCAUGACGAAGAUCCCUUACUUUGUGGACAUCCCUGA